AUGGAGGACAAUGAUAAUGAUGAUGAUGGUGAAGAAGGAGAUGACAACGACAAUGAUAAUGACGACAACAACGACCACAGGGGAGAAAAGAAGGAGAAAAAAACUUAUUACAAUGAAGACAGCGAUUUUCAGUUGAGGGAUACAGACAUGACCGAGGAAGAGUACGACAGGUACAAGAAACAGAUCGAGAGCGAGGGGUUUGACGUUGAAGAAUUUCCUGAUAAGAUUGAGAUGUGCAUGAUUAGACCAAUAUUGGGAUUUGAUGAGGACCCUACUCUUACGCUGAUUGUCAACACCUGUUCAGCCCAGGCCAUUGCCAAGUACAACGUAGAGAAUGUAUACACAGGGUACCAGCUUGUGAAGGUCCUGAAAGUAAAUGUGCAGAUUGUUGCGGGUAUGUUGUUGUUUGCGAACUUCGAGGCCAAGGACACUGCUGCUGCUGAUGGAGUUCAGUCCUCUAACAUCUUUCAAUCUAUGGUGUUCCAUUCCAUGGAAUAA